UUCAACUUCAUUUACAUACCAACAAACACUCAUCAAGCGAUCAUAAUCUUUCAUUUUACCAUGGCUGUAUCCAGUCUUCGUCCCGUGAUUCCCUUCCCUUUUGGGACUGCCGCUCACAAUGUUUCUGCUGAACCAUUGACCACCGCUGUCGAUAGGGCGGCUCUUGAGACAUCAAGCAAAAUCCUUGAUAUCAUCGGAAGAUAUCGCAUGAAACAAGACGACAACCUCUACUCACAUUCCGACGAGUCAACUCUCAAAUUCAUCGCUCUCAUCUACACGCACGUCAAGGCUGGUAAGCCAGUCCCUAUGUGCCUACCAGCUUUCCCUUUCAAGUCACCAAACUCGACAUCAAAGACUUUGGGAAAGCUCCCUGAUAAGGGUGAAGAGAUUGCUCUUGCUCACCUGAGCGGACUUUGCAGUGCUAUUGGUGAUGUAUAUGCGCCAGGUGCCAAACUUACUAUCAUUUCCGAUGGAUUACUAACGAAGACAGACCUGCUUGGUGUCCCAGAUAGAGAUGUCUGGGCAUACGGCGAGACUCUUCGCUCGAUGGCAGCUGAGAAGGAAUUUCACAACAUCUCCUUCGCACGACUUCGUGAUCUUGUUGAGAUCGAUCUACCAAAAGACCUCGAGGAGAUGACCUAUGUUGCCAACGCAUCAAACUUUCGACGUGCACUUCUCAACACCUUCAGCAAGCCCGGAUGGAGUUGGGACGAAGUCCGCCAAUCAGAUGACCAGUGCAUGACUUACCGCGGAUACAUCAAGUUUCUUCAAACAGAUCUGGAAACAGUGUAUCCGGUUGAUGAGAACCGCAGCAAGUCAAAGUAUAAGAGAGGAAUUGAGUACAUUGCGAAGCAAAUGAUGGCUCGUGGUGAUGCCUUUGCCAAUGCUGUUCGACAAAAGUAUCCUGACCAUGUUCGGCUGUCAAUCCAUCCCUCAACUGGGGCUGUCAAGCUUUCCAUCAGCCUUUUGCCUACCGAGCAACUCUACACCACGCCCUGGCAUUGCAGCGUGGCUUACAGACUAGACGGUACCAUCAGAACAGGGAUGCGAUCUGAGUUUGACAACGAUGAGAGUCUCGAACUGGUCUACGACAACGGAAGACCUUCGCAUUAUCGCGAGAAGUCGCCUCUGCUAUCGUGGGCAGAAGACAAGGGAGGCAUUGCCAUCGACCCGAUGUACCCCGCUGGUCUGAUAAUUCGUCCUGCAAAUGGAGCUGGCUCCCUUACACUUGACGACAUCGACACGAAGAAAGUUCGCGCCUUGUCAGAGAUCAACUCGCCCGUUGUUCUCAAAGGAUUUGUCAAGAAGCCGAAUCGCGACCGCUUCAUUGAUUUCAGCCACCGUUUCGGAACACCCUUACCUUGGAAAUUCGGCCUGUUGCUUGAAGUCAAGGACCGAGGGCAAGAUGCUCGAGGCCUGAACAACGUUCUAUCUGCAGAGCCUAUGCCAUUCCACUACGAUGGUCUGUUCAAGGUCGUCAAGCAGACAGAUGAGAAUGGAAAUGAAAAGACAGUCUCGACUCCACCUCAAUUCCAGCUCUUCCAGGGCGCUACAUCCUCACCUAGAGAUACCGGUUUCACCCUUUUCUCUUCAUCAACUCUAUUCUUCAAGUACCUCCCAUCAUGGUUGAAGCAGGACAUCUCCAACCUCACCUGGAGUGUGUCUACAUCAGCAUUCGACAACACCGUCCUGAGAGGCCUGCCUCUAGCUAUUGAUCAUCCUACGACCGGCAAGCCAUGUCUUCGAUACCACGAGCCUUGGCCUCAGUCCAAGACACGAUUUGAUGCUUCGGAUGUUACGAUUGACGGACUUGAGGUUACUGAGAGUGCUGCUAUCUGCGAAACCAUCGACUCGGUUCUUUAUGAUCGUCGGGUUGCGCUGUACUAUGCUUGGGAUAAGGGCGAUAUUCUGGUCAGCGAUAACAUCUUGAUGAUGCAUACCAGGAGUGAUUUCACUGCGGGGAUUGAUCGUGAGCUGUGGAGAAUUCACUUUGACUAG